AAUUAUCAGAAAAUUGUGAAUAAAUAUACAGAUCACAGAAAGAUAAUUUCAGCUGUAAUAUCCAGACUGGUUUUUGCACCAGAAGAAAUUUGGAUAACUUACCCAGUCUGAUAAGUCUGAUUACAAGUCUGCUGAGACACUGAAAACUCACCGGAUCUUGGAUAAAACACCACUGCAAUUGUUCAUAGCGUAGACACUUUGAAAAAAUAUCAGAAUUGUUUGGAUUGUGCUGCAGUCUUGCAGAAUCUUGUAGGACACUCCACGGCGUUACUCUAAAAUGAAACAGCCCAGCAUCUGGGGUGUGCCCGUGGACAUUCGCAAUCUGACUAUCAGGAGAUCCCAGCAGCGCCUCACAAACCAGAGCUACGUGUGGGGCGAGCUGGGAGACACUUCGCUGAAUCACAAGGUCUUCAUAGCCAUCAUCUUCCCUGCCUGCCUGGUACUCAUCCUGUUCAUAGCCACCGGGAACGUGUCCAUUCUGAAGGUGCUGCUAUCUCGGCGCUGCUCCUCUCGUGAUGUCACCACGCUGGCUGUGAUCUCGCUGGCAUUCGCUGACCUGGGUGUGGGGCUGUUCUCUCUGCCCCUGCUGUUCCUGCUCGCACUGGAGCUGCCCCUGCCCUUCCGCUCCUGCCUGUGGCUGGCCUGCCUCACCUUCUCCUGGGCCGUGGUCUCCACCCUGCACCACCUGCUCAUCGCAGUGGACCGCUGGCACAUUGUGGCAUACCCCACCCAGUACAAGUCCCUCAUGACUCGUGGGAGGGUGGUGGCUCACUUCACUUCCUGUUGGCUAGCUGGCAUCGUCGUCUCCUUCCUGCCCGUUCUGGGGUUCAACAACUACUCCAAACAGAGACACCCCCAUGAGCCGGGCUGCCGCGCGGGGGACCCCCGAAAUGACACGAGCAGCAGUCCCGUCCCCGGCUGCAGGUACCGGGAGGUGAUGGACUUGCGCUACCUGGUCUACGUACUGUUUGUGGGCUGCAUGCUUCUGCCCCUUCUGGCCAUGUCUGGCCUCUACACCAGCGUGUUCCUGAAGGUCAGGGCGCACAGCCGGCAGGCACGGCGCCGGCUGGGGAAGCUAGGGCAGUUCUACUGCCGGCAGCGGCGCAUGGCCUUCGCCAUGGUGAAGGUGGUGAGCCUGUUCUCUCUCACCAAGCUGCCCUUCCACCUGCUAAACCUGGCCCUGCUGCUCUGCCCUGCCUGCACCCUGCCCUUCUGGGCUCUGCCCUCCGCCACCCUCCUGGCACUCUGCAGUGCCGCUGCCAACCCCUUCCUUUACUUCUACGAGAAUCAGGACAUGAUGCUGGCCCUACAGAGCAUGCUGAGGCAGCCCGAGGGCCGGGGAGGCCAGGGCAGGGGGCCCGAGGAGUUCUGAUGCUUUCUUUACAUCAUAUUAUGUAUAUUAUGUAGCCCAUUAUUAAAUUAUCAUUUCCUCUUAUUAUUCGUAAUAUAAAUAGCCUGUGAGAACCAUCAUAAUUCAAUUAAUAAGUGCGUUCUAUAGUUGUUAUCCCUCUCAUUAAAUGUGUGCUUUUUAACAAAACAGCCCGUGGUUAAAUGCUUGUUUGAUCUUCUUAUGCAAGUAGCCCAUCGUUUCUCGUGAUGCAUAUCAUGUCAUCUGUCACCUGCAUAUCGUUAUAUCCCUAGCUGAGAGUCUGGUUCUUUACCCGGUGCAACUAAUCUUUGAAUACCUUGUUGAGAAGUAUUAGGUGGCUGAUAACUGACUUAUGACUAAGAGAACCUAAUGAGGCUGCCUCUAAUCAAGCUAAGAGUGUUUUAUUCUCACACACUUUGCUGUGUUGGGGGGUUAAAACAACACUCUCCACUAGAUUAGCUCUAGCCAAUGUAGAAACACAAGUCAUUAAGUAGGCAUUUUAAGUUAUUUAUUAUGGAUGACACUGUGUAACA